CCGCAUUUGCGCUUAUAUCCGGUGCGGCAUGGCUUCAAGAUUUUGAAAAUCAGUGACAAGUUUGGAAUCUUGCAAAACUUAAAAUGAAAAUUGCAGUGGAGGGCUGUUGCCAUGGUGAACUUGACAAGAUCUAUGAAACCAUCCAGCAUCUUGAAAAAAAGAACAACAUAACUGUUGAUCUGCUUCUUAUAUGUGGGGACUUCCAGGCUGUUCGCAAUAGGGCAGACCUUCCCUGUAUGGCCGUUCCUCCAAAAUAUCAGCGACUCAAUACCUUUUACAAGUACUAUUCUGGAGAGAAGGUGGCCCCAGUCCUGACCAUCUUCAUUGGAGGUAACCACGAAGCAUCAAACUACCUCCAGGAACUGCUGACGGGAUGGGUGGCUCCAAACAUUUACUACAUGGGUUACGGAGGUAUCGUCCAGGUUGGAGGUGUUAGAAUCGGUGGACUGUCAGGGAUCUAUAAAGGAAAGGACUUUCAUAGAGGUCACUUUGAAAGACCACCCUAUAAUGAAUCUACAAAGAGAUCCGUGUACCAUGUUCGGAACCUUGAAGUGUUUCGAUUUAAACAGGUUUCCCGACCUAUUGACAUAUUCCUGUCACACGACUGGCCGAGGGGUGUGUACCACUUUGGGGAUGUGAAUGGUCUUGUGCGACAGAAGAGUUUCUUCAAGGAGGAAAUUGAGACAAACACACUGGGCAGUCCCCCUGCAGAGGAGCUGCUCCACUUCCUACAGCCCAGCUACUGGUUCUCAGCUCAUCUCCAUGUCAAGUUUGCAGCACUUGUUCAACACAAGGCAGUGGAUGGAGCAGAAAAGACAACCAAAUUCCUCUCACUUGACAAGUGUCUUCCCAAGAGAAAGUUUCUUCAGGUUAUCGAUGUACCACAUGAUGCCUCUCAAGCACUGAAAAUCCAUCUGGAUCCUGAGUGGCUGAUGAUUCUGAAGUUGACCAACCAUCUACUGAACCUCAGCCCAUCAACACGGUACAUGCCUGGACCCGGCAGUAAUGACAGGUGGGAUUUCAAGGUAACAGACCAAGAAAUGGAAUCUAUAAAAGAAGAUUUUGAUGGAAACUUGGCAUUGCCCAACAACUUUGGACCUACAGUGCCAGUCCACGAGCCCGUGAUGAGUUCCCCCAAUAAGUGUCCAGCCAUUGUCAUCAACCCCCAGACUACUCUGCUGUGUACCAUGGUGGACAUAACAGACCCAUACGCUGUGUACCUGGAGAAGAACUCACAGAACAGGGAUGACGAUGUUCCAUCAUCUCUAGACUCAGCCGACUUGGAUGAUGACAUCAAUGAAGAUGACGAAGAUGACGGAACAUGCAGUGAUAUCAACAGUAGCAUUGAUACCUCAUAUAACGACUCAUUCAGUCUCAACACGACAGACUUGUCACUGAAUGAAACUGCAGAGCUAGCAUCAGGGAAUCUCUCAAUAUUGUCAAACAAUACAGACAUUUCCAUAGAGGAAGAAGAUGAGUUGAGUGAAAUACUUUCUGCUCAAAAGAAAAUGCAAAGUAGCAAUGGACAUGAGUCAAGUGUGGACAGCUCUGUCGAUGGUGAAAAUGAGGACAAUGCGAAAGUUGCACAGAGUCUUUCGAAAAGUGAACUGUCCAAAUCAGACACCUUGUUAUCCAAACUUGAAAUGUCUGGCGUGUUUGAAAUUGAUGCUGAUUCCGCAUCACAGAGUGACUCUAUCAGUUCAUCUGCAGAAGAUGACAGAGAUUCAAAUGUGACAGCAGAUAUAUCCAGCAACCCAGCAGGGGACACGCCUGCUUCCACAAAGUCCAUCAAACGGACAGAUGUGUCUGAUGUGGAAAUAAGUCCACAAAGUAAGAAACUGAGAAGAAGAAAUCAGAGCAUGUACUCAUCAACUGAAGAUGAGGCAGAUUCACAGUGAUGGCUGCUGGUGAUUUUACACAGUUGACAAUGGUAGAGAACUGGCAUCCAGGACAUGUCCAAAUACCUCUGUAUACUAGUACUUACUCUGUCAAACGUUAUUUUUAUGAUCUUAACUAGUCAAGGACUAGUUUUAGAACAUGUCAUGACAACUCAGUUUUAUGUGGCUUUGUUUUACUUCAUUGUUUUACAGACUUGCAUCAAAUGUUUGCAAGCAACAGAUUAUGACCACAAACAGCCAUACGCAUCAGGCCAUAAGACUUGAAACAAACAUUGUGAAGUUCAAAACAAUGGAUUUUGUAAUAUUUUCCCUUCAUUUAGCUAAGAGGACUAUGUGAUAUGCUUGUCUCAAGGUAUGUCAUUCCAACAGAUGUAUAAACCAUAGGUUCUUAGGUCACCUAACUCAAGUUCAAGGAAGCUGAAUUAAUGUCUUCAGUAUCUGUAAACAUCUUCUUCUCAGUAAUCUGAAGUGUGGUGUGCUUGCUCCCACCAAUGACAGCAUGGAAAAUGUUUUAAACUUAAGAUCUAAUUAUUCAUAUUGAAUCACAGUUUCUUUCUCAAUGUGCCUCAUUUGACCUUGCAUUUAGAUCCUGUGAUGAGUUUUCUUUCAAAAUGGCUUACUAAAUAUAAUCUUCUGUUGACGAGAGGCAUAGUAGUGUGUUAGGAAUGACCAACAGGAAAAGGUAGGAAACUGACUGCUGCCAUUUCUUCAGUGACCCAUUUUCAUGAACAGAAUUGUUUGCUAUUGUAUGGAUGUUUUUACCCUUAUGUGAUGGAGUUACCAGUGUCUUUAUUUGUAUUUAUACAAGAACUAGCUAUACAUCAGUGGUUGUGGGAACCUGUAUUGGAUUACUCAUCCUUGUUGUUCACUGGUCACAAGGAGGACAUGGGUUGAUGUACCCUCUAUUUAUACAUAAAUAAACAUAGAGGGUACAUCAACCCAUGGGCCCUGAGGGACCAGUGAACAACAUAUUUCUUACCGACCACCUCAAUGUUAAUUUGGAUUUGUGUGAAGUACGGGUAGCAGAUCAUAAUGAGGAGUACCAGAGUUAGGCAAUUAGCCAAUACUGACGACAGAUGGCAAGAAAAACAAAUUUACAGUUAUCUCCCGUCCAUCACUUUGCAUUUGUAAAACCUCGAUAAUUUCCGUACAUCAUACGUGACUCAAUUAUUCAAGAUAAAGAAUUACUAACACAAAGUACUAAAUGAAUUCACACAGUUCGGCAUUCCCAGCAAGUAACACAGAAAAUGUUACUCGCUUAUAAGCGGUGUACAUUGAAAAUAAUAGAAGAUCGAUCAGGCGAUCAAAACGACAUUUGUGUUUAAGGUGAGAUAACAAUGAUUAUUAGUAUGUUAUUCAGAUUAUGAAUUAUUACAAUGACUAUCGUGGUCAAGUAACUCAACUCGUCAGAGCUAGUGAGUGUAAAAGUGUUGAAUAUCGAGUCCUAUACAAUUUCAACCCCAUCUUAUGCUGCAGUGCUGUUCACUGUGGAGACACCAGUGUCAGUGGAUUCCCAUCCCAGAUUCACAUAGACACUUACUCAGGUAGUAAAGGUGGACAACCUGCAUAAGAUUUGGCUCUCACACAAAGUACACACAGAGAUUACUCAAAUAACUUAGCUUUUGUGGACAAAAUAGUACUAUAUUUUCUUUUCAAUUAGGUAUAUGUUAUCAAGGUAUAUGUUAUCAUCUUAUUUUUGUCCUGUGUGGUCAAACCAUUUGUAAAUAUUGUGAAGGAAACUUAGUCAACAUGUGUGUAGGAGUAAGGUGUCCGUGUACAGUAACUUUAUCAGGUCACGUUCUGUUUCAGUGAAAUCUCCUUGUUCAAAUUAUGAACACUUAACAGAGUUUGAUGCCCUUGACUUUUUAUGACACUGUAAAUAUGCCUCAGAUUUUAUCUGUUUGUUAUGCAUUUCAGUGUUCUCAAUAUCAGGCUGAGUGAACUGAAGUCAGUGAAUAAGUUGAAUAUGUGGCCAUACUUUCCAAGAAUGAAGUAGUGAUGUUAGGCAUUGGGUGAAUGUAAUACCAGCUGACCCCGUGGGGUGAAUGUAAUACCAGCUGACCCCAUGGGGUGAAUGUAAUACCAGCUGAUCCCAGCUGACCCCAUGGGGUGAAUGUAAUACCAGCUGAUCCCAUGGGGUGAAUGUAAUACCAGCUGACCCCAUGGGGUGAAUGUAAUACCAGCUGACCCCAUGGGGUGAAUGUAAUACCAGCUGACCCCGUGGGGUGAAUGUAAUACCAGUUGACCCCAUGGGGUGAAUGUAAUACCAGCUGACCCCAUGGGGUGAAUGUAAUACCAGCUGACCCCGUGGGGUGAAUGUAAUACCAGCUGAUCCCAUGGGGUGAAUGUAAUGUUAGCUGAUCCCAUGGGGUGAAUGUAAUGUUAGCUGACCCUGUGGGGUGAAUGUAAUACCAGCUGCCCCCGUGGGGUGAAUGUAAUACCAGAUAGAAAUGUAUGGCAUUGUUCAUGUCAUCCAGCCCUAUCCUGCAGAGAUUUUGUUAAAAAGAUGAUGAGAAGUACUGCUUUUUAUCCAUUCACUUAUAUUUUCUUUUACAAUCUAUCAAUUUUGUUGCAUAGUUUGAUAUAUUUCACUGUAUAAGGACAUUUUUUGUUAUGUUUUAGAUACUGCUAACUUGUCUUAAGCCAUGUAAGUAUAUUAGCAAAGAAAUGCUACUGCCCUGGUGACUGGUUAAAUGUCAGUUUUUGAAAUCUUGUUACAAAGUGUAUAAAACAAAACAUGAAUUUUGAUAAUCAUCUGUAUAA